AUGGGGUCUGGCGCGGCGCUGCUGCUCGCCUGGUGCCUCUUGGCGCUGCUGCCGCUGCCGGUUGCCCCCUCCACGGCAGUGCCGACCCCGAGCCCCGCCUCGGUCUUGGCAGAUGGGGCUACGACGGGGUGGCAGCCCGACAGGUUCCCUAGCGCGGCACCCACCGCGGGGCUCCCCUCUCCGGCCUCAGAGACCAGCCAGAGCCCCACAGGCCUCGCGGAAGAAACCGCCGCCUCGGAAUCCAGCCCGAGCACCAGCAGCCCCGCAGAGACCCCGGGGACCCGCGCCCCUUCCAGGCCACCGCCUCCCACUGUGGCUCCCCGGGCCGACCCCUGGCCCCAGCCAGUGACCGACGUGGCCAAAUUGUGCGUCUGCGACCUCUUGGUAGACCAGUGCGACAUCAAUUGCUGUUGCGAUCCCACCUGCACCACUGCAGAUUUCAGCCUUUUCACAGCAUGCUCGGUUCCUGUUGUCACAGGUGACAGCCAGCUCUGCAGGCAGCCGGAAGCUCUUUAUUCAAUGGACACCUCAGUGUACCCUCCCAGGAGGAUGUAUCAGUUAGCCGACAAAGUCAACCCCAGUGUUUUCUGCAUUCAGACCGUCAACUACAGAGCUGCGCUGUCCUUCCAGCCUCCAGAAAUACCCACUUCGGAAAAUUUCGAUAGACUGCUUCAGGACUAUGGCGGAAUUACCUUCAGUACCGAAACAGAUCUCACGUCAAGUGUUGAAUCGGAAACCCGGAAUGCCGCUGCAGCUGGUGAAACAAGCAGAUAUGAGUUCAGGGAUCCGAUAGAGACAGCGGAUGGGUUUCUGUGGCUCCCAGCUCCUCUCUUCUUCUCCCAGUGUACUGACAGCAAUCCUGCAGGGUUCCUGAUUGACCAGGCUGUGAAAUGCAACCGCAUGGUCAAGGCAGACGAAUGCGCCGCCGUCCCAGCUCUCAGCAUGGAGUUCUACACCAACUCUAGCAUUCUGCCGGUACCAAAGUCAAGUCGAAGGGUGAACAUCACCGUCCAGUCCAUAACUGUGCAGACCCUGCAAGGCCUGCGGACACGCCUGGAGAGUAACGCUCUGUUGCUCCCUGCGUCGGAAGGUCAGACGUGCAGCAAUGUGGUUCUUGAGGUGCGGUAUCGGAUUACUUUCACAGAGGCGGGUGAGAUCACUGCUGUGGCGGCAUCUCUUGUCCUGGCGACCAUUCGCACGGCCGAUGGUUUCAUCCAGCAAAGCACCGAAGUCCGCUUCAUUCCGCAAAACACUCGACCGCUUGGUCUCAGUGGAAAUCCUGGCUACGUAGUUGGGCUGCCAAUCAAGGCUGGAUUUAGAUCUCCUGGCUCUGGAAUCAUCCAGACCCUGGCGAAAGACGGCCAGCUCACCAUGUUGAAAAGCACGCCUGCUCAGGAUUGUUUAGCGGCGGAAGGAAUCAGAACUCCCGUAUUAUUUGGGUACAACAUGAUGUCCGGCUGCCAGCUACGAAUAACCGAAGAUGCUGAUUGCCUGCUUUUGGCGCCAGCCCUCCUGAACGUGCUGAAGGGGCAGAACUUCCCAGACUGUGUGGCCUCUUUUGGAAAUUCUGAGCCCCGGAAUGGACUGGACUGGGUGCAGAUACUUUACAACAACAGCAAACCAAACGGCUGCGAAAUACCCGUGCGGUUUGAAAUCGAAGCGAAGUGGACUAAAUACGGCUCCUUGCUCAACCCCCAAGCCAGACUCGCCAACGUCACAGUGACGGUCGUGACAGCUGCCCUGCCACGGGUCAGUUCGGGGAGCGAAAGAACCAUUCCAAUCCUCAGCUCCGUGGCGUUUGUUGAUGUUUCUGCCCCGGCUGAACCAGGCUACAGAUCUCCUCCUACUGUCGAGGCCAAGCUGCCGUAUGACUUUUUCUUCCCUUUUGUUUAGAGGAGGAUGAGACGCGUGAAAGCGGCGUGUACUUUAUACGCCUUGGCAACUGAGCUCGGAAGCGCUGCCCUGCGCACGCCCCUCCUGAGGAAGUGAGUCGGGGAACAGCAGCAGCAGCAAGUUCUGGCCGGAAGGAGAAAGAGGGAUUCCAGAUGUUCCGAAGAAGCCCUUCCAGCAGCCAAAGGAUUGGAGAAGAUCCCCGGCAGUCUUCCAAAGAAGACGCCGCGGCACGUCAUCUUCCAGCCUCCGUUUCUGGGGACUGCAACCCGCAGCUUCUGCAUCACACUCAUCCCUCUACACGGAUUUGACUUUAUUAAAUAAUUUUGUCACUUUUAACUGUACAGCUAUACAAUUAAAGGUUGGGGGAACGGUU